AUGGCACUCCGUCAAAAGCUCGCCGUCGUGACGGGCGGUGGCUCCGGAAUCGGCCGAGCAAUCGCGCACCGCUUCGCCCUCGAGGGCGCAACCUGCGUCCUAGUCGGUCGCGAUCCCACCAAGCUGCAGGAUGCCGCACAAAACCUCCUGCCCCCGGCCCUUAACUGGGAUGGGUCGUCACCUGGGCCCCGGGAUGGUAGCGGCGCCGCCUUCUAUGCGCCCGAGACGAAUCACUACGCCUUUGCGGGCGAUGUGCGAGACAGUCAUUUUUGGAAUCAACUGCGUCUUGAGUUUAAACAAGUUGAUAUUUUGGUAAACGCUGCAGGCGUGGCACAAAACAGUCUUCUAGUCAGGACCAAGAUCUCCGAUAUCGACGACAUCAUCAACACGAACCUGAUCGGCACCACAUUGGGGUGCAGAGAGGCCGCCAGCAUGAUGGUCCGUCAAAAGGUCCAAAGCAAGGCCGUCGACAAGUUAAAGGAGGCUGGCUGCAUCAUAAACGUCUCCAGCGUCCUCGCCCACAAGCGAGGAGCCGGAGCUGCAGUAUAUGCCGCCUCCAAAGCUGGCGUCUUGGGUCUCACAAGAUCUUUGGCCUUGGAGCUUGGAAAGCACAAAAUUCGUGUCAACGCCCUGGUCCCGGGCUAUAUAAAGACACCAAUGACUAAUAGUAGCCAAGGCUCAAAGCUGGGUAACAGCAUCAUUGAGUCAAUACCCCUCGGCCGAAUGGGCUCGACUAAGGAAGUAGCCGAUGCCGCUCUCUUCCUGGCCACCAACUCGUACGCGCAUGGCUGCAUUCUCAAUCUUGAUGGAGGAUUGAGCGCAGUUUGA